AGCUCCCUCUUCUGAUCUGUCCGCUGGCGCAGCAGCUCAGGCAGGCGGCACCAUGCAGAGGUCGCCUCUGGAGAAGGCGAACAUCUUCUCCAAACUUUUCUUCAGGUGGACAAAGCCUAUCUUGAGAAAAGGUUACAGACAACGCCUGGAAUUGUCAGACAUUUAUCAAAUUCCUGCUGCAGAUUCUGCAGAUAAUCUUUCUGAAAAAUUAGAAAGAGAAUGGGACAGAGAAUUGGCUUCAAAGAAAAAACCCAGACUCAUCAAUGCUCUUAGACGAAGUUUUUUCUGGAAAUUUAUGUUCUAUGGAAUAAUACUAUAUUUAGGGGAAGUUACUAAAUCUGUGCAGCCUCUUUUACUGGGAAGAAUAAUAGCCUCCUAUGAUCCUUCCAAUUCACACGAACGAUCAAUAGCCUAUUAUUUAGCCAUAGGACUCUGCCUUCUCUUCAUUGUGCGGAUGUUGCUUCUUCACCCAGCUAUAUUUGCCCUGCAUCAUAUUGGAAUGCAAAUAAGGAUAGCCUUGUUUAGCUUAAUUUAUAAAAAGACCUUAAAAUUAUCAAGCAGAGUUCUAGAUAAAAUAAGCACUGGACACCUCGUUAGCCUCCUUUCGAACAAUCUGAACAAAUUUGAUGAAGGUCUAGCCUUGGCUCCUUUUGUGUGGAUUGCACCUUUACAAGUAGUGCUGAUGAUGGGGCUUCUCUGGGAUAUGCUGCAGGCCUCGGCAUUUUAUGGACUUGGUUUCUUAAUUCUCAUCGCCCUUUUCCAAGCCUGGCUAGGACGAAUGAUGAUGAAAUACAGGGAUCAGAGAGCAGGAAAGAUCAACGAAAGACUUGUCAUCACCUCAGAAAUGAUUGAAAAUAUACAAUCCGUGAAAGCUUAUUGUUGGGAGAACGCAAUGGAAAAUAUGAUUGAAAGUCUGCGAGAGACUGAACUGAAGUUGACCCAAAAAGCAGCUUAUGUGAGAUAUUUCAAUAGCUCAGCCUUCUUCUUCUCCGGAUUUUUUGUGGUAUUUUUGGCUGUGUUUCCUUAUGCACUGAGCCAUGAAAUUAGCCUCAGACAAAUAUUCACCACUAUCUCAUUCUGCAUUGUUCUCCGAAUGUCAGUCACAAGGCAAUUUCCUUGGGCAGUGCAGACAUGGUAUGAUUCUCUUGGAGCAAUAAACAAAAUACAGGAUUUCUUACAAAAAGAGGAAUACAAAACACUGGAAUAUAAUUUAACAACUACUGGGCUUGAACUGGAUAAAGUAACAGCCUUCUGGGAUGAGGGAUCUGGCGAACUCUUUGCAAAAGCAAAACAGGAAAAUGUUGGUAGAAAAAUAUCAACUAGUAAUAAUGGCCUAUUCUUCAGUAACUUCCCACUUCAUUUUACACCUGUCCUUAAGGACAUAAGCUUCAAAAUUGAAAAGGGACAGUUGCUAGCUGUUGCGGGAUCUACUGGAGCAGGCAAGACUUCUCUCUUGAUGUUGAUCAUGGGAGAACUGGAACCUUUGGAAGGUAAAAUCAAGCACAGUGGAAGAAUUUCCUUUUGCUCUCAAGUAUCCUGGAUCAUGCCUGGAACAAUUAAAGAAAACAUCAUCUUUGGGGUUUCCUAUGAUGAAUUCCGAUACAAGAGCGUCCUCAAAGCCUGUCAAUUACAAGAGGACAUUUCAAAGUUUCCAGAGAAAGAUGACACUGUUUUGGGAGAAGGUGGAAUCACCCUCAGUGGAGGUCAGCGAGCCAGAAUCUCCCUAGCCAGAGCAGUGUAUAAAGAUGCUGAUUUGUAUCUCUUGGAUUCCCCCUUUGGUUAUUUAGACAUGUUAACUGAAAAAGAAAUAUUUGAAAGUUGUGUUUGCGAGCUUAUUGUCAACAAAACAAGAAUACUUGUUACUUCAAAGCUGGAACAUUUAAAGAUAGCAGACAAAAUAUUAAUAUUACAUGAAGGAAGCUGUUAUUUUUAUGGAACAUUUCCAGAACUUCAGAGUCAACGACCCAACUUCAGCUCUGAGCUGAUGGGAUUUGAUGCUUUUGAUCAGUUCAGUUCAGACAGAAGAAACUCCAUUUUGACUGAAACUCUAAGGCGACUUUCUGUUGACAGUGAUGGAAUAGUUUCUCAAAAACCAUCUUUUAAACAAGCUUCAGAUUUUAGUGAAAAAAGAAAGAACUCUGUCAUCAUGAAUGCACUGAAUUCGAGCAGAAAAUUUUCUCUCUUGCAAAGAACACCACUGCAGUUCAAUGGUAUAGAAGAAAGUCAUGGUGAACCUAUAGAACGAAGGUUGUCUUUGGUGCCAGACUCCGAACAAGGGGAAGCAAUUCUGCCCCGCAGCAAUGUAUUCAAUGCAGGUCCCACAUUCCGAGGACAGAGAAGGCAGUCCGUGCUUAACUUGAUGACCCGAACCUCAGUUCACCCAGCACAAAGCUUUUACAAAAAGGGCAGUGUAUCCGUACGUAAACUGUCAGUACUCCACCAGUCUUCUGAGGUAGACAUCUAUUCCAGGCGUUUAUCUCGGGACAGUAUUGUAGAAAUAACUGAAGAGCUUAAUGAAGAGGAUUUAAAGGAAUAUUUCUUUGAUGAUGCUGAGACAAUGAGUGCUGUUACUACAUGGAAUACAUACUUCAGAUAUAUUACCGUCCACAAACAGCUGUUUUUUGUUUUAAUUAUGUGUGUAGCUAUUUUUUUAAUUGAGGUGGCUGCUUCCCUGGCGGGGUUAUUGCUUAUUCAAUAUCAAGUUUCAAAAAAUAUGACACAGUUAAAUACUACCUCUGAUAAUUCUGACAAGACUGGAAUUAUUGUUACCGAGGACAGCAAAUAUUAUAUUUUUUACAUUUAUGUGGGAGUGGCAGAUACCUUGCUGGCCUUGGGAAUCUUUAGAGGCAUCCCCUUGGUGCACAGCCUUAUAACUGUUUCUAAAACUCUACACUGCAAGAUGCUGCAUGCAGUCCUUCAGGCACCCAUGUCUUCCUUCAACAAGCUGAAAGCAGGAGGAAUCCUCAACAGAUUCUCAAAGGAUACAGCAAUACUUGAUGAUCUACUGCCACUUACAAUAUUUGACUUCAUCCAGUUAAUGCUCAUUGUGAUUGGUGCUAUAGCAGUAGUCUCAGUUAUACAACCCUACAUCUUCCUGGCAUCUGUGCCGGUGAUAGCAGCCUUUGUUAUGUUAAGAGCAUAUUUCCUGAAUACUUCUCAACAGCUGAAACAACUGGAAUCUGAAGCCAGAAGUCCAAUUUUCACACAUCUUAUUACAAGCUUGAAGGGGCUCUGGACACUAAGAGCUUUUGGAAGGCAACCAUAUUUUGAGACGUUAUUCCAUAAAGCCUUAAACUUGCACACAGCAAACUGGUUCUUAUAUCUGUCCACAUUACGUUGGUUCCAGAUGAGGAUAGAAAUGAUUUUUGUCAUCUUCUUCAUCAUUGUGACGUUUGUUUCUAUUGCAACUACAGGUGAUGGGGAAGGAAAAGUUGGCAUCAUUCUUACAUUAGCCAUGAAUAUUAUGGGAACCUUGCAAUGGGCAGUAAACUCAAGCAUAGAUGUAGAUAGUCUGAUGCGGUCUGUAAGCCGAAUAUUUAAGUUCAUUGAUAUGCCUACAGAAGAAUCCGAAACUUCACCACCAUCAAAAAAUGAGCAGCUUUCUAAUGCCCUCAUUAUUGAGAAUAAGCAUGUAAAGGAUGAGUACAACUGGCCGUCCAAUGGGCAAAUGACAGUGAAGGGCCUCACAGCCAAGUAUGUAGAUGGAGGACUGACUAUACUAGAAAACAUUUCCUUUUCCAUAAGUCCAGGGCAAAGGGUGGGCCUUUUAGGAAGAACUGGCUCAGGGAAAAGUACGUUGCUCUUUGCCUUUUUAAGACUAAUGAAUACAGAAGGCGAUAUUCAAAUUGAUAAUGUCUCAUGGAACACCGUCUCUGUAAAACAGUGGAGAAAAGCAUUUGGGGUCAUACCACAGAAAGUAUUCUUAUUUUCUGGAUCUUUUCGGAAAAACUUGGAUCCUUAUGGACAGUGGAGUGAUGAAGAACUAUGGAAAGUUGCUGAGGAGGUUGGACUGAAAUCUGUAAUAGAGCAAUUUCCAGGCCAGCUUGACUUUGUCCUUCUGGAUGGUGGCUGUGUCCUCAGCCAUGGGCAUAAACAACUGAUGUGUCUUGCCAGAUCAAUUCUUAGUAAAGCCAAAAUCCUUCUUCUUGAUGAACCCAGUGCUCAUCUUGAUCCUAUGACAUUCCAAGUGAUUAAAAAAACUCUCAAGCAAGCUUUUGCAAACUGUACAGUGAUCCUCUCUGAACACAGACUAGAAGCACUACUAGAAUGCCAGCGAUUUUUGGUGAUAGAAGAGAAUAAAGUCAGGCAAUAUGAGUCAAUUCAGAAGCUGCUCAGUGAAAAGAAUUCCUUCCGACAAGCCAUCAGCCACUCGGAUCGAGCCAAACUGUUCUCCAUACAUCCCAGGAAUUCAAGCAAGCGCAGGUCUAGGCCUAAAAUCGGUGCCUUGCAAGAAGAAACUGAGGAAGAAGUGCAAGAGACUCGGUUGUGAAGCUGUAUGGAAGACCAGUCUCGUUAGUGUUAUCAGCAAGCAUUCUGGGAGACACAAAAACAAAGCAACGCUGAAAAAGCAACAUGAAAAAGAACAUAAACCAGCACAGAUUAAGCAUUUAAGCUACUCUGUGAAUAUAUAUGUGUAAAAACUUCACUCCAGGGGGGCACCUUAGUUGCUAGGACUAGUAUGUUAGGUGAAACUCCUCUAGAAAAUAUCUGAAACACACACACCUCUCUGCCUUUAUCCUGUGGAAAUUAAAGUGGAUAAAAUUCAGAUUUAAAUGCAAUUUAAAAUCAUAUUCUAAAGAAUCAGUGAUAUUCUUUUAAAAAUAAGCUGGUUUAAAGAUAUGUUAUAUAAAAAUAUCAAAGUCUGCACUCAUAAUCUUUUAAACCUGAAGCUAUCAAAGACAUUGCUUUAAUGCCUGUUUUAUUAUGUAGAAGAGGCAAAAAUGGGUGUCUGUGAACCAGGAGCAAAAUACAUGACGUUUGAGGUCAAGUAUUAUAAAUGUGACACAAUAGGUCAUUGUUUGUGCACAUUAUGAAUAUUUCAGACUGUCAGCCCAAAAGUAAAGACACUUACUUCCUGUGUCAAGGAGGAUCACAGUUCAGCACAGUAAUUACCAGCCCUUGCUUUUGGAAAGUUCUGAGCACUUACAUUUCCAAGUAAGCAAUUUUGCUUGGUGUCCUGCAGCUGCAUCACCAGAGGUUUGAAUCAUGCUCCUGGGUAGUCCAGAGGCUUUAUUUAAUUGCAAACAAAUAGGUUUUACUUGUUAGAACAUCCAGUUAGUUUGCAUACUUGUUCUGAAAUACGUGAGCUAAAAAGAUGGAGAUUAGAUUUUGAUCAGCUUUGUUAUGGUGUCUUGAUUUGAAUCAAACCAACCUGGUGGAAAGCAGUUGACAUUUUUUUUCCAUUGGCUUCAAUUAAGUUUUGAUUUCACCUUGGAUAGUGCAUUUAGCUGCAUUUAGACCAGCUAAAUCUGAGCACAUUUUAAGAAAUUAUGAAUGUGAGCUUGCAGGUGACUAGAAAGAAAGAAAGAAAGAAAGAAAGAACACACACACACACAUAUUUUGCAUUCCUUGUAUGAUCACUGAGGCUUGAUGCAAUCCCCUGGGCCUGCUAUCAUUUGAAGUUAGACAAGUAAGCUGUUGGUACAAGCGUGAAUGGUGGAUAAUUCUUCCAUAGAGCGUUUACUCACUGGUGAGAGGCAGAAGUCAAAGUACAACAACAUGCUUCACAAAAAUUUUAUUUCAACAACUGGAAGAAGACACAAGGGUAUUAGCGAAGUGGCCAUAGUUUAGAAUUUACAGAUCAUAAUGAACAGAGCUGGCUAAUAUACAUCAUUUCCUAGGAAUUAAAGAUGAUAGUGAGAAUUUUUAUAUUUAGAUAGAAUCCUCCAAGACUUUUUCUUUGUUCCUGACAAUGUAGGUGGGGAAUAUCUGCUGAAUAGAAAUACAUGUAAGGCUGAAUCCUAGAAGGUUACGAGUAGGAAUCUUUGGUCGGGGGAGCAGACAUUUUUCAACAAGGUUUUUUUUUUUAAAAAAGAAACUGUAGUUUGAAUUGCAAAGACAAAAGAGAAAUAGACUUUUGUGAUAUUCUUUUAUACUGUUCCAUAUUGCAGUUUAACUGAAAUUUCUUUAGAAUACUGUAUUUAUUUUUAAUAUCUUUAUUAAAAUAUAUUGGAAUUUUCAUUAAGAGAAUUAUGUAUUUUAAGAGGAAUUGUAUGCUAUCAAAAAUAUUUGUAUACAAAUAAUUUUAUAUAUUUGAAAGAUAUAUGUUUAUAGCAUUAAUUGAAUUUGCUGCACAUUUUAGAAGAAUGGGUGGAAAUCAGGCACAAGUAGUCCAUUGCAGUCCUCUUUUUAGAUUACAAUUUUCAGAUUUUUCGAUUACAAUUCAAGCAUUGGACCUGAUCCAUAAAAUGUGAGGUUGUGUGCAUAUGUAACAUCUUCAGAACACCCCCUACCCACUUACCACCUCAGUGUCUUUAGCCCCAGCUCUGCUUGAAUAUCUAGAUAGGCAAAUAAAAUGAGGCAGAGCAGGACCCUUGUUGCAUGGGGUCCAACCUUACUGUAAGUCAAAAGUCUAAUUGUUUCUUCAUAACCCAGAAGCUUUUAAAUUUAGUGCUGGAGAAGGGGAAUACAUACUGCUAAAUUAAAAAAAUACUUUUUAAGAGAUAGGAAACUUAGCUUGAAAUGGUGGAUGCUAAUUUGGGGGAAGUGGGUAACCUCUAUAUAUAUACCACAUAUUAUAUCCAUAGGGUGUUCAUCCUUCACUUUGUGUAACCUGGUUCUAGUGAUACUAUGGACACUAGCGAAUAGGCAGCUACAGCAGCCAUUCUGUGAAAUCAUCCUUUCUCUCUCUUCCAGAAGGAAACAUCCAGUUUUCCUUGGUAUAGUUUAAAGUGCACUGAAUGAGACUGAGCAGAUAGUACAAUAUAAUAGAAUAAAUAUGUGUAUGCAUGGCAGUACGAUGCUAUAAUACUGACCCUAAGACGCUGAAAUGUUAUGUCCAUCCACAGCCUUAAUUGCACUGAAGUUCAGCUGAAGUUGAUGUACCUUUAGCAUUUGACUGUGGACAUUAGUUCCAUUGAUUUCAGUGAGACUUGGAGCCAGUUCACACAUGGCCCAUGUAAGUGAAAAAUCUUUAGGUUUUUUACAUAAAGCAAAACAUGAUGCAAGUGUGAUGUGAUGCCCAUAUAUGUACACUUAUAUGUUGGUGGGCUCAGCCCACUCUGUUUCAAAAGGAGCAGGUGGGUCACAAGAGUAGGACAUAUGCAAGUGGGGUCCACACCACAUUGUUGUCAAAGCUCUGUGUGUGUUAACAUGUACAUGAGCAAGUGACUUGCUUUUCCACCGUAGGUGUAGGUAUUACCUAUAUGCACAGGGACUAUGUAUGAAGCAACCUAUAGCUGCAACCCAUUUUUGCUGUAUGGCACCCAUUAUAUGUAUUUGUAUAACUAAGUAUAAAGAUCCGUCCAUGUAACAAGCUACAACACCUGACAUUCAGGUUGCCAUCCUGUAAUAAAGAAAUGUACUGCUGCUCAAUAAAAAAACUAUAUUUACAUAUUUAUUAAAAUAUAUUUUAAAAACA